AAUGAAAGAUCUCUUAUUUCCAUUGGCUGAAAUUUGCAAACUGUGAUUGUCUAUCAAGAACUCACGUUAGCUCCUAGGAAGUUCGGGCCCGGAAAGGGUGGGCUCUGCGAAGAUGGCGGCUCCGGAGGUGCUGGAGUCAGACGUGUCAAGUUCGAUAACACUUUUGAACAACCUCCAGGAGCAGGUGAUGGCUGUCACUGCACAGAUCCAAGCACUGACGACAAAAGUUCGAGCUGGAACGUAUUCUACAGAGAAGGGUCUGAGCUUCUUGGAAGUGAAAGACCAGCUGUUGCUCAUGUACCUUAUGGAUCUGAGCCACCUCAUCCUGGACAAGGCCUCUGGAGGAUCUCUGCAGGGACACCCCGCAGUUUUGAGGCUGGUGGAGAUUCGCACGGUUUUAGAAAAACUUCGUCCAUUGGACCAAAAACUGAAGUAUCAAAUUGACAAACUGGUCAAGACAGCAGUGACGGGCAGCCUCAGUGAGAAUGACCCGCUCCGUUUUAAGCCUCAUCCGAACAAUAUGGUGAGCAAGUUGAGCUCUGAGGAUGAGGAAGAAAACGAAGCAGAGGAGGACCAGUCUGAGGCCUCGGGGAAGAAAUCGGUAAAAGGCACAGCUAAGAAAUACGUGCCGCCACGCCUGGUUCCAGUACAUUACGAUGAGACUGAGGCCGAGAGGGAGCAGAAUCGCCUGGAGAAAGCCAAGAGGCGGGCGCUGAGCAGCUCUGUCAUCCGGGAGCUGAAGGAGCAGUACUCAGACGCCCCGGAGGAGAUCCGGGACGUGCGACACCCUCACGUCACUCGCCAGAGUCAGGAGGAUCAGCACAGGGUCAACUAUGAAGAGAGCAUGAUGGUGCGCUUAAGUGUUAGCAAGCGAGAGAAAGGACUUCGAAGGCGAGCGAGUACCAUGAGCUCCCAGCUUCAUUCCCUCACACACUUCAGUGACAUCAGUGCUCUGACAGGGGGGACUGCUCAUCUCGAUGAGGACCAGAAUCCUAUUAAAAAGAGGAAGAAGCUACCUAAGAAAGGUCGGAAGAAGAAAGGUUUUCGGAGGCGCCGGUGACAUGCUUACACAUGUACUUUUUUGGUCAUCCUGGGAUGCUUCUAACUUCACUGUGUGUAGGUGUUUGCCUUGGAAAUGUGGAAAGAGCUUCACUGAAUAAAAAUUAAUUUUGUUAAUGAAUGA